AUGCGUGUCCAAGCUUCCAUUGGCAUCGCGAGCCUGCUACAGCUCUAUGGAGCUGUUUGUGCUCUGCCUACUGAACAGCAGCCGCUGCAAGCAAAAAGCUCCCCAGAUGUGCAAGCUGUUCAAGCUGCACUUAGAAAAGCCGAGAUCAUCCCAACCGUCAUUGAUGAUUUCCUCCCAAGUUUAACACUUUCAGUAUCCUGGAAGAAGGACGAGGCAGAGCUUGGGAAUACUAUCAAGCCCAAGCAUCUCCAGAGCCAGCCGUCCAUCACUCUCCACGAGGACAUUAGCCCCGAGAGCAUCGUGGACACGCACCCAGCCUAUGUCAUCACGCUUACCGACCCCGACGCUCCAUCUCGUGACAACCCUGAAUGGAGCGAGAUGUGCCAUUGGAUCGCGACCAACGUUUCCGCGACCACCAAGACCUUCUCCAUCCUUCCUCUCCCUGAAUUCGGACUUACCAAGCAAGACAUUGAGGUCCAGAGUAGCCCUGAUGAUGUUGUCGAGUACAAGCCUCCCGGCCCGCCGCCCAACACCGGCAAGCACCGUUACGUGUUCCUUGUGUUUGCGCCUAAGAACGGGACGACAGAGCCGCUGCACCUGUCAAAACCUAAGGAUCGCCAGCACUGGGGAACAGGCGAGGAGGGUGGUGGUGUGAGGGAUUGGGCAGCGACGAACGACCUGGUUCCUGUGGCUGCCAACUUUGUGUAUGCGAAGAACAAGAAGCAGUAG